UUUAUUUAUUUACAUAUAAAGAAAAUUGAAGAAAAAUUGGUUUGUUGAUAUUGCGUAGCAUUGCAGGGUUGAGAAAGGAAGAAGAGGCUGCGUCUUGAUACAACAGUGCCCUUUCUUUCAAUCCAAAAACUUUCUUCACUUUUCUCUUCGAUUUCUUUCCGUUUGCGUCUUUUAUGCGGAUUUGUCUCUGGAUUGAAAAAGAAUUUAUUUCACUCUGGCCGCUAUAACAGAUUCGAACAAUUCUCGCACCUCUAAGAGGGUGUGGGGUGAUGAAGGAGGAGUGAUUUGGCUUUACGUUUUACGUAGAACAAAGGCAUCAGAUAUAUGGAGAUUGUGCCGUGUUUCAGUUGGUUUGUCCGUUGAUUAUGGCUAAGGGUGGCUUUUGAUUUGUCCCCCAGAAGGCCUCUCAAAUUUUUUCGGUUUUUUAUUAGGCUUCUGGAAAACUGAUGAGCAUUAUAGAUUAUUGUUGGCAGUGGUUUUUCUGCCUUACAGGAAGUUUUAUGUUUAGAUGUAGCUUUCAACAUCGUUGCAGCGAUGUUUAAAUUUUCUUGUUUUCAUGUUAAUGUCCAAGGCAACAAGGCAAAGAAAAUAACUCAACCUUCUACUGAAACAAUGGCAAGAGUUUUGCGUGAUAGUUCCAAAAUUCCAGUCAGGAAAGAUCCGUCUAUCGCUUUGAACAUAGGUUCAUCACUUUCAAAACAGCAACCGAGUAAGCUAAUGAAUGUCUCCGAGAAUGAUAUUCUUGACCAUGAUUCAGUUGAGCUCGCUGGUAAGUUAGAGGAUCUCAAUAAGAAGUUUUACAUUGAAUUUGACGGGAAAGUUCGCCAAACUUCGCGUCUUAGGAAAAGUCAUUCGGAAAGUGUGCUUUGCCAAGUUGUAACUGAGGGUGAACGAAAUCUGGAGUUUUCCAAAAGCCUCAAUGACUCACCAAAUUCAAGCAGCAGCCCAAAUGAUCAAUGCAAAAUGAAUUCAAACUUCGAGCUUCAAGCUGUUUCUGGUCGUGACAAUGAAGGCUCAGUUUUUUCAAUAGGAGAUCCGACACAUUCGGAUAAGGAUGCUCAUGAAAUUUCUGAUACUCCAUUAUCUGGUGAUCUUGCUGGCGACUCCACUGAACAUACUUCUGGUCCCAGCACACCAACUUUAAGGAAGUCGCGUUCCUUACCCGAUUUCAAAGCUCCUACGUUGUCUUCUGGAAAUUAUCAUGCUUUUAAACAUGCAUCAUCAAUGUCAAGAUCUUCCGACGAUCUUUGUGCUUUAGGCCUGAGGAAGAAAGACGCGUUUAUCAACGUGUCUUAUGAUCAAAUAGGGGAAACUCAAGAAAAAGAAAGUAGCAUGAAAAAAACUGAAGAUUUUCGUAUGGACAGAUACUUUGAAGAUGGUUAUGAUUCUCAUCUGCUUUCUGGCUUACCAAAGGACCGGAUAAUGCCAAUUACAGACGAUAUAAGUGACGCUGAACCCCUUCAAGGAGAUUUAUCAGGUGAAUAUCCUAACAAGGAUUUUAAAGUUAAGCGGAUUGAGGAUUGGGUAAGCGGUCUGCAGCAAUGUGCACCACCUCUAGAGGAUAUAACUGAAUUGCCUGAACCUGUGCAUCCUAUAGUUGAUGUUAACACUGCAAUUGCCGUGACUCCUUCUGUUGUGGACCAUAAGAUCUCUCCAGGAAUGGAAGCUGCUAAAAGAUAUAUUUCGUCUUUAACUGCCAAUGCCUCUGCAGCUCAGCUGGCAAAUCAUGGGUUGGUUGUAAUCCCCUUUUUGAGUGCAUUUGUGAGUUUGAAGGUGCUCAAUUUGUCUGGAAACGGGAUCGUGAAGAUAACUGCCGGUGCCCUUCCUCGAGGACUUCACACGUUGAACUUGUCAAAAAACAAUAUCUCCACUAUAGAGGGAUUACGUGAACUUACUCGGCUUCGUGUCCUAGACCUCAGCUUCAAUCGUAUACUAAGAAUUGGACAUGGUUUGGCGUCCUGUUCUUCCCUAAAAGAGCUGUACCUGGCUGGAAACAAGAUUGGUGAAGUCGAGGGCUUGCACCGCCUGUUGAAAAUAAGUAUCUUGGAUCUCCGCUUUAACAAGAUUUCAACUGCCAAAUGUCUUGGACAACUUGCGGCCAACUAUAAUUCUUUGCUAGCUAUCAACUUGGAAGGGAACCCUUGCCAGAAAAACGUUGGAGAUGAACAGAUUAAGAAAUACCUGCAAGGCCUUCUUCCUCAUCUUGUCUACUACAAUCGGCAGCCGUUCAAAGCGAACGGUUUGAAGGACAGUGCAGAUCGUGCAGUUCGACUAGGAAUGAGCUCACAACAGUUUGAUCGCGGACUUAGAGUGGAUCGCAAAACUACAAGGAAGGUGCCAACGUCUUCUCGGAGGCCAUCAUCCGGGUCAUCACCAAAACAUUCCAAAGGAAAGCAGGGCCACCUCCCACCAAUCGGAACAAAACCAUCGCCCCAAAGUCGUCAUCAUUUAGAUACUUUUGACAAAGUGUUGAGCUUAAAUUCUCAGAACUUCAUGCGCAAGAGUCGCAGCGAGGGAACUCUUGGAGCUUUCUAAGAGGUUAUUGCAUUGCAAGUUGAUUUGUUCAUUGCCAUAUGUUUCAGUAUGAGUCUAUUUACAUUGAUUUGUUCAUUGCCAUCUGUUUCUAAGAGGUUAUUGUCAUGUUUUGUUUUCAGUCUUUUGUCAACCCUUUGAUUGUGGGUUGUACUUAGUUCCCAAAUAAGUGGCUUUAUGCUUCUGUACUUUCUAUUUCAUUAUUGUUUGUGUUAAUUAAGUUGUUUAAAACAUCAUCACCAAUUUAUGGUGAUUGCCUAUUAGUUGAAUUUGUGAUUUUUGAUUA